AAUGGUGAGAAUAUCUGAAGAAGGAGAGUUCAAGAUCCCACUCCGUACAGAUCGUAUGUACUCUGGAACGGUCACCUCUGACCCGGAGUCCAUUGUCUCAGCAGAAACCAGUCAUGGAUUGACUGCAAUCAUUUUCUAUGAAAAGGGAACGAUGGUAGUCCAACCAUUGAGCGGGGAAAACGCACUGGAGAUGGCAACCUUAGGACUUGGUCAUCCUCAUGUCGUGUACAAGGGCAAUGACGACGAUGUUAUGUGUGGAACGGAGGACGAAGAUGUUGACGAUAUCGACGAAGGUGAAGUUGGUUUUGAAUCCUACUCGUGUGAUGGACAGUCAACUAAAUAUCUUGAGCUGGCAAUGUUCUACGACUUCCAAGCCUGGCAGCAAGCUGGAGACACUUUCCAUUCUGAAUACUUGGCACUUUUUAAUUUGGUAAAAGGCGUCUUCCAGAAGCCAUCUCUCGUCGGAACGAACUUGGUUCCCAAAUUAGUCAAUGCCGCUUAUUUUGCCGACGAGACGGUAUUCAAAUCAAAUGAAAGCAUAGGACUGACGUUGAGGGCGGCUAAAGGAUACUGCGGCAUGGCAAAUCCACCCGCGUCUGAUCCAACGCACUGGGACAAUGCUGCAUUUGUUUCUGGAUAUCCAGUCAAAGGUAAAACUGGACUUGCUACACUUGGGUCGUGCGGUAAGAAGGGCUCCGCGUCCGUCACCAUACGUCGGACUCUGACAUCAACGGCAGGUACAAUGUGUCACGAGAUUGGUCAUAACCUGUCGAUGAAGCAUGACAAACCAGGAAUAUGCGGUCCUGGUAAAUACAUAAUGUCACCAUGGGCGAGUAAAAACAAAGUGUACUGGGAUUGGUCCUCAUGCAGCAGAGAUUACUACUGCGAUUUUGUUGGUAGGAAGACGUGCUAUGAUGAUGCUUAGGAAGGAAGAACAGAACUAAACAGCUACGAGAAGAUCUUUCCUCUAACCGAUUCAAGC